AUGUCCGCUGCCGGGUACGAGCUCCGCGGCGUCUACGGCACCGAGCCCUACUGGCCGGAGAAGAAGCUGAAGAUCUGCGUGACCGGCGCGGGCGGCUUCAUCGCCUCGCACCUCGCCAAGAGGCUCAAGGAGGAGGGUCACUACGUCGUCGGAUGCGACUGGAAGCGCAACGAGCACAUGCCGGAGGAGAUGUUCUGCGACGAGUUCAUCCUCGCCGAUCUCCGCCUCUUCGAGAACUGCCAGAAGGUUCUCAAGGGCUGCGACCACUGCUUCAACCUCGCCGCGGACAUGGGCGGCAUGGGCUUCAUCCAGUCCAACCACUCCGUGAUCUUCUACAACAACGUCAUGAUAUCCUUCAACGUGAUGGAGGCGUGCCGCGUCGAGGGCGUCACCCGCGUCUUCUACGCCUCCUCCGCGUGCAUCUACCCCGAGGGUGCGCAGCUCACCACCGAGCUCUCCGCCGGGCUCAAGGAAUCCGACGCGUGGCCCGCGCAGCCCCAGGACGCGUACGGCCUCGAGAAGCUCGCGUCCGAGGAGGUGUACAAGCACUACCAGUCCGACUUUGGCAUCCAGACCCGCAUCGCGCGCUUCCACAACAUCUACGGCCCGUUCGGCACCUGGAAGGGCGGCCGCGAGAAGGCGCCAGCCGCGUUUUGCCGCAAGGCGGCCACCGCCACCACCGAGGUGGAGAUGUGGGGCGACGGCAAGCAGACGCGUUCGUUCACCUACAUCGACGACUGCGUCGAGGGUAUCAUCCGUCUCACGAAGUCCGACUUCGCCGAGCCCGUCAACCUCGGGUCCGACGAGAUGGUGAGCAUGAACGAGAUGCAGGCGCUGGCGCUGGGUUUCGCGGGCAAGCAGGACAUGCCCAUCAAGCACAUCCCGGGCCCCGAGGGCGUGCGCGGCCGCAACUCCAACAACGACCUCAUCAAGGAGAAGCUCGGGUACGCGCCUUCCGUCAAGCUCGCGGACGGCCUCAAGGUGACCUACGAGUGGAUCGAGGGGAAGAUCAAGGAGGAGGUGGCGGCGGGUGCCAACGCCGAGGAGGCGUUCUCCAAGUCCACCAUCUGCGGCACCAUGGCGCCCACCGAGCUCGGCGCGCUCCGCGCCGCCGACGGGCAAGAGAACCUCGCAAAGUAA